UAAGAGAAUCCGUUGCAGUGUAGUCCUACGCAAUUGCCUCUGUUCACUUCAUGGCCGGCUCGGCAUGGAUUCUCAUCAGCAGCACAGCAUCCAUGUACAGAUACAUGCCACUAGUGACCGUUCACACGCAUUCCACCAGAAGUCCUGCGGGGACCAAUUCUACUCCGGGAUGUAGGACUAUUUAUCGGCCUGGCAAAUAUGAUACCAUAAAUGUUGGGAAUCGUGUCAUCUGUACUGUUAUGUCAGAGAUCACAGUCGGGUAAUCGCUGCAUGAGAGGAGGCUUUUAUUAUAUCCCAUAUCAAUUGCCUAUGUAGGGCACAGCCUGGACGUAAUUAGUUUGUCAGCUAUUCCUUCCUCAUCCCGAAGAUUCUAAACAUUGGAUGGGAUGUUUAGGUUCACCGGAAAAUGAUGUUGGCUGGUAGGGUGUUGUUUUUAGAGUUAUACUGGCAUAUAAUCUAUAGUAGACUAGUAUUUGUUGUCUAUCAUUUCCAUGUCUGUUGCACGGAGCUGCAACUGAUAUUUCGCAUGUCUUUCUGCUGCUUGUCAAUUCGUCAACAUUGCGCGCUGCUUUAUUAUCGAAAAAAAUAUUGGGAAGGCAAUUUUCAGUUUGUUCAAGGACGAAACCACAGCGCUCUUUGCCCUUUCGCAUUCUACAGAUGAUGUAAAGCACCAUGCUCAACUUUAUUCAGUAAUUUCACGAAAACUAGGUAGCCUACUACGGACAUAGGCCUAUUACUGCAUGUCAAUCAAAUGAUCGUAAACGGCGUACAUGCAACCUGUUCAUUCACCAUCCUACAGUUAUGCCGCCUGAUGCUCACUAUUACGUAAGAAGUACAUUGCGUGUCCCCACCACCUGUUGCACAGGGGCCCCUCAAUCAUUAUCCAAGGGUACUGUAGGGUAGGCUCUGCCACUUUCCUGUGUUGCUCAAGUGCACUGUGUCCUCAACUGUCCCAUUGACACAGUGACUACAGAUAUACCGAUAUAACAUGACAUAUCAUAGGGAUGGCGUGUGCAGCAGUGAGAUGGCGAGGAACUCACAGAAUGCCCUGUGCCUUUCCUGGUCUGUCUUGUGAAAGGCUUCUUUAUCUGUUGAAGAGCUCCUGAUAGCCAGACUGGUUUACUCAUCAAUGGUCUCCUAACAGGCAGGGCAGGCAGAGCCACAACAAACCGUCUAAAUACUUAAUUGUUUUAUGUUGAAUGUGUUUCUUUAAUGCACCAUUCGAGUCCAUCCCACUGGGCACACCACAUCAUUUUAAUGUGUAAAUGUGGGUAAUAUUUGGUUGAGACGUUGAUCAAUGAGAUUUCAACCUUUAUUCACCCACUCAAAAAGACAUCCAGAAGUUUGUUGAUAUCCCAAUGUCUUAUCACUAUGCUUUCAACUAUCUAAACGCACAACCAAAUUCCAAUGUAAAAACAAUGUCAGAUGUUUUGCUUUAUUUGUCAUCUAAAUGUAUUAUCUGCGCUUUCAACCAUUUUAAAAGCACAACAAAGUUCAAAUGGGAAUACAAUGUCAGAUAUUUUGAAUUUAUACAAUAAUUUGUUCAAGAUUCUGUGCAGAUUAUUACAGCAAUUGUGAAGAUCUCCACAGACCUGUGACCUUUGCAUGCUAUCUUGAACAUGUACGCUUUCUAUGAUUACAUACGAAGUCAUUUAUAGUUACAGUAGGCUAACCUAAAAAUAUGGCCAAGGAUGUGUUACUCCUUUUAAGGUUGAAUAAAUACUGUUACAUUCGUUUGUAAAAUGGCCUUAACUUUAGGCUAUUUACUGUAUUACAAAAAGAUCAUUGAAUUGUUUUUGGUUGAUGCAGAAUAGUUCCAUCUGAGCCACUGGCUUAAUCCUAUUCUUUAACUUUUACUUUGGGUUUAGUUGUAGACGUGAAACCAACAUAUCAUUUUUUUUACUUGUCGACAAGUUACUGUGUUGAAAAAGUGAUAUUGAGUUGUGUUUGGUUGUCAACAAAUUCCAGUUUGUCUACAAAUGAAAACGUUAAUGUAGGAUUCACUUCUCCAUCUCAACCAGUAAUCAAAUUUAAAGAACAGGACUAAAUCAAAUCAAACUUUAUUUAAAGUGCAUUUAUAGUUUUAUUUGAUUUAGUCCUGUUCUUUAACUUAUGUUUUUGGUUGAGCUGGAGAUGUGAAUCCAACAUAUCAAUGAUCAAUUUGUAGACAAACUGGAAUUAAAGCCAGGCUAAGUGACACAGAUGGAACUGUCCACACAGAAGAUACAUCUACUUAAAAUGCUCAUUUUUUUUGCGUUGACAACAAAUUAAUAAUGUAUAUGUUGCAUCCACGUCUUCAUCUCAACCAAAAAUAUAAGUGAUUCAACCAGUAUGUGCCCUGUGCGAUGUCAUAGGACUAUGUCCUUGCCCUGAGAUUAAAAGUGGUAUCUGGUAGGCAGAGGAAAUGUCUACAAAAUGUAGUUUGUAACAGAUUAACUCCUGACUAUGUCCAUUCUGUUUUCUCUAUGUUUGUACAUUAUGUAUUAUGCAGUCCAUCUUUGAGCCAUCUUCCUAGUUUUCCUCUUGGAGCCAGCAGCAGGUGGUCCACACCCAUGUCACUUCCUCAAAGUCGGAAGCCCUCUGCAGGUCAGCGCAGGCGGCCAGUGGCCACUAGCAGUGGGCGCCAUUCCUAUAGCGAUGCCUCCAAUACCAACACUUACCCCGGCAGGGCUAGUGAGGGUAGUCCUACAGCCCGAACAUAUCCUGGCACACCUAAGCAUCAGGUGAAGCAUGCAACCUGCAGUGAUAACCAUGGGAUUCGGCCCCCCACACCAGAGCAGUACCUCACCCCGCUGCAGCAGAAGGAGGUGUGUAUCAGACACCUGCGAGCCAGGCUGAGGGAGAAUGUCCAGAGGCUGCAGCACAGGGACAGUGAGAUAGCUGAGAUGAAGACCCAGCUGUGUCGGAUGCAGGAGGACUGGAUAGUGGAAGAGUGUCACCGUGUCGAGGCCCAGCUGGCUCUGAAGCAGGCGCGCAGGGAGAUCCAGCACCUGCACGAGGUCGUGGAGACAGUACGAUCAAACCUCGGCACCCCAGAAAAAGCCCCCUAUGACAAAAAGCCAUACCUCUCACCGCAGAGACCCCGGCCUACAAAGUCCCGCUCCUGUGGGUGCUCCCCAGCCAGCACCCUGAGCCGCAGCACCGCCUACACCCGGCUGAGCAGUGAGGCCCUCUAUGUGGACCGCAAUGGAAACGCCCCAGGGCCUGACCUGCGUGCAGCGGCACAGGUAGAAAGGGGGCGGACCCACCUGCUUCUGGAGGCGGCUCUUCUGUCAGAGCAGCAAACCCCGUCUGGCCCCGCCCUGGUCCACGGCCCCUCCUCUACCAUGCCACGCUCCUCCACCUACGAGAGGCUGUGCAGUGGAGGGGCUGUGCUGCCCGUCUCCCACUCCUGCCACUCCCUGAGUAACAGCUGCAGGUGCAGUGGACACACCUACCUCCCUCAUCACCACCUCUUCCUUCACCUGCCCCAGGAGGAACCCCCGGCUGCAGUGGCGGUGGCUGCUGCUAUCCCCGUGAGGGAGGCAAAACCGGAGGUCCGAUCCCAGGCCUGCAGCCCCACCAUGACCUGGGUCUCAGAGGAAGGAGGGGGAGAGGAGCUGAGCAUCAUCUCCCUGGCAACAACCAACAUCACCCCAGCCUACUCAGAGCAACAGCUGUUCCCUCCCUCCUUGUCUUCCUCCCCUCCUCCCCAGUUCUCCUACAACCUAGAGCCACUGUCUCCAGAUGGCCAUGUGGAGAUGACAAUGAUGCCAACAGUGGCCCAAACCUGCCAGCCCAAGCCUAGGCCAAUGUUGUCACCAGAGAGGCAAGGAGGCGUGACAGGGGUGGAGGAUGAAGAGAAGGGUGAAGCUGUUGAAGUUGACAACAUUGUGGGAGGGGAAGAGGGGGAGGACGGUGCUCCCCAGCGGAACUUCUGGAGCCGAUACUUCCUGGUGGACUUGUUGGCAGUGGCCAUGCCGGUGGUGCCGACGGUGGCCUGGCUGUGUCAUGGGGCCCCGCGGGAGGUCAUGCCUGUGUACCACAUCGGUUCUCUGCUACGGGGUUGCUGCGCUGUGGCCCUUCACUCUCUGCGACGCGGGGGACGUGGCCGUGGCCCCACAAGCAUAAAUGGGGCGACCAAUAUCUGACAACUUUACUCCUUAGCCCCCUGACUUCCCUCACAGCAACCAUGCAACCCCAACCUCUAACGAGUCACAGCCAGAACAGCAAUCAGACUUUGAUUUUGACUUGAACUUAUUUUGCUUUUUAUUCUCCACCCACGUGUCUGAUUUGAGGAUGACAUUGAGAUUUACAUGAUCUGUUUCUGUUAGAUUUGUAAUCAUACCUAACUAUCUAGGAAAUCAAAUGCAAUAGUGAUUUGAUGGGGAAUGCGUAAACGUUUUGCCACUGAUCUACAGUGGCUCCCAUGACUGCACCUCUCAUUGCAUGUAACCCUGAGAAAUGUUCAACCCUUUGCUAUUAACUCACCUUAAACAGAACCUUCAAAUACACACCUGCUACAUUUGAACCUUGAACACUUUGAUGUACUGUAUUCUCCAUGAAUCUUCUCGUUGUCUUUGAAAUUGGGGUGAACAUGGUUCACCUUGUUAAACAUCAGUAACAUUUUAUUUUAGAGCUAAGUGAAUGAGGGACCUGAGUGGGAGUUCUAGUUGAAUGUCUUCAAAAAAAAAAAAAUCUCAAGAAAAUAAAUGAGAAAAGUAGAUAUGUUUGAGAAUCUAUUACUUUUCAGGGAUCAAACAUUUAUCUUCUGGUUUCAUUAAUUGUAUUUAUAGUCCAAGGAUAAGAGUAAAAUUCUGAAUAAGACUAGCACUGUCCAUGUCCAAAUGCUGAAAGCAAGUACAAUGCCAGCUAUGUAUGUAUUUGUUGGAAAUACAUUUGUUGAAUUUCAACAUUUACAAUAUUAGGAAAUUAUUUUCAAAAGGCUAGAUAUCUUUCAAAUAUUGCAAUUUUUUUUCACUUUUAGGACUAUACUACUUGAAGUUUGUCGUGGCUUUACAUUUCAUCAAACAUUAACCAUGCAAGUGUACUUUUGAGUCACAUUAUGCCGUUAAUGCUACAGUGAUAGAUUUCUCAAUUAUUCAAAUUCAGAAGUCAAAAGCAAUAAGAGAAAGCUAUGAUGAAGUCUUUACAAGUGUUGAUAAAAUUGCACAAAAAGCUGUAGAAUACAAAGUGUAAAUAGAUCUGGAUGUAUUUCUUCUUCCCUUUGAAAAUAAACUGAAAGUUGCCUUUG